AACAACCACACCGUAAGCUGCCUCGACGAACAAGAUGCCACCAAAGGGUAAGAAAGCGGCGCCCGCGCCCUUCCCGCAGGGCAAGGCCGGUGCAAAGAAGCCCGCUAAGAAUCCCCUCCUCGAGAAGCGGCCGAAGAACUUCGGUAUCGGUCAAGACAUCCAGCCCCAGCGCAACCUCUCGCGCAUGGUCAAAUGGCCCGCCUACGUCCGUCUCCAGCGCCAGAAGAAGAUCCUCAACAUGCGGUUGAAGGUCCCGCCGUCGCUCGCCCAGUUCCAGCACGUUCUCGACCGAAACACCGCUACCCAAGCCUUCAAGCUCCUGAACAAGUACCGACCGGAGACCAAGGCUGAGAAGAAGGAGCGUCUGACCAAGGAGGCCACCGCCAUCUCUGAGGGCAAGAAGAAGGAGGACGUCUCGAAGAAGCCGUACACCGCCAAGUUCGGUCUGAACCACGUCGUCGGCCUGAUCGAGAACAAGAAGGCAUCGCUGGUCCUCAUCGCCAACGAUGUCGACCCCAUUGAGUUGGUUGUAUUCCUCCCCGUUCUUUGCCGCAAGAUGGGCGUUCCGUUCGCUAUCGUGAAAGGCAAGGCCCGCCUCGGUACCGUCGUCCACCAGAAGACUGCCGCCGUUCUCGCUCUGACCGAAGUGCGAUCUGAGGACAAGAACGAGCUCUCCAAGCUCGUCUCCGCCGUCAACGAGGGUUACGCCGAGAAGCACAAGGAGAGCGCCCGUCACUGGGGCGGUGGUAUUAUGGGUGCGAAGGCAAACGCUCGCAUGGAGAAGCGGAGAAAGGCGUUGGAGAGCGCUAUCAAGAUCUAAGCGGAUAAUGAUAGCUUGGGGGUGGAUAUGGACUUCGG